AAAGGACCAACUGCAUAAGUUGAAGAUUUCGGAGAUUCGGAUAAAGGAUGACGUCCUGCGCAUCAAAGUGGAUCAGGGACAAGCUGCAGCUUGUGCGAUGGCAGUUGAGGCUUUUUUGAACAAAGACAUCCAGUGCGAGGUUCCCUACUACAUUCCACGAGGCAUUCCGUUCCAAAUACUCACCUCCAAGGCUCGCGAAGUCUUCCAGUUUCUCCCAGAUCCGGUAUCAGGCGCAAUACGGAAGCAGGUACUUCUUAAUGCAACUUCUUGUCUGCCUCAUGAAGAUGACAUGCCCAUCUAAUUGCUUGACACCGCAUUUUUCAUGUCUCUGAACAUGACCUGAUUCACCUCGAGCUACCUUAUACAUAGUGUAACUUCAAGUGAGGAUAACUUUUAUUGUGCGUUCUCCUCUCUUUGCCUGUUGCCUUUCUCGUCGUCCUUGAGGUAGUAUCAUCAUCACCCUUUUCUUUUUCACAGGCAAUCCCGGAUCCGCUGAAUUUGCUGAAUUACCUAGACGAGGACACUUUGCGGAUCUGGGGUGUGCCCAUCGCAGGCCAGCACGAAAAUGGGCAGCUGCAAGUUUCGAGUCUGGUUCCUGCGGGCGCCGUUCCGGUCGUUAGCAUUUUGGAGGACGUUCGGUCGCGCAGUCGCCUUCGCGUGCGCACGUUUAAAGAUCAGCGCCGCGUACUCUUCGGCGGGAAUCUGAAUCAAGUGCUCGCCGCCAAGCGGGACCUGGACACUUGUCUUAGCGAGUUUCUCACCCUCGUCGUGCGUGUGAACCGCGAGCGCGUGCAGUCGGAG